AUGUCGAUUCACGUGCACCGUCGAACUCAUGUUGCCAUCGGUCGUGGGCAAUCCAUGCGUCGCCGCGAUUUUCUGCGAGGGGUUUCCGCCGCCGCGUUGGCCUCUGGCACACUGAGCUGGCGCGAUGUAAUGGCCGCCGAAUCGAAACCGCUCCGCAAGCAAGGUCGGGCCUGCAUCUUGCUGUGGAUGGGUGGCGGUCCCAGCCAGUUCGAAACCUUCAGCCCCAAGCCCGAUCACGAAAAUGGCGGUGAAACCGAAGCCAUCGACACCAAUGUGCCGGGCAUUCAAAUCGCCGACCGUUUCCCCAACGUCGCCCAAGUGAUGGACAAGAUGGCCAUCAUUCGCUCGAUGACCAGCACCGAGGGCAACCACCAACGGGCCAGCUUCAUGCUGCACACGGGCUACUCGCCCACGGCCAGCGUCAAGCAUCCGGCCUUCGGCUCCAUCGUCUCCCACGAGUUCGACGCCACCACGGGGCAACUGCCUUCGUUCGUGCGAAUCGGUCAGCGUUUCCGCAAUGCCGGUAACGGUGGAUUCCUCGGCAGCGAUUACGACCCCUUCGUCAUGGCUCAGGCCCAAGAACUGCCGGCCAACUCGCAGCCAACCACCUCGCAAGAUCGCUUCCAACGCCGGCUCGGCCUGCUCGACCAACUCGAGGGGCACGCCUCCGAAGAGCACCUCCGCAAGCAAAUCGAAGAUCACCGCAAGCUCUACUCCAAAAGUGCUCGCAUGAUCACCAGCGCCGAAAUGCAGGCCUUCGAUCUCUCCCGCGAGCCCGAAGCCAUGCGGGAGGCUUACGGCAAGGGUGAGUUCGCCUCCGGGUGUCUGCUGGCCCGCCGUUUGGUCGAAGCGGGCGUGACGUUCGUCGAGGUUACCGCCGGCAACUGGGAUACGCAUUUCGAUGUGUUCGCCCGCACCCAGGAGUUGGCCUCGCAGGUCGAUCAACCAUUCGCGCAGCUCAUUCGCGAUUUGGAUCAGCGCGGAAUGCUCGAUACAACGCUGGUCGUUUGGAUGGGUGAGUUCGGCCGUACCCCGCGGAUCAAUCCUCGCGGCGGUCGCGACCACUAUCCGAAAGUGUUCAACCUGGCGAUGGCCGGUGGCGGCGUGAAGGGCGGACAGGUCAUCGGGGCGACCGACGAAAGCGGCACCGAAGUGGUCGAGCGACCCGUGAAGGUACCCGACUUGUACCAAUCGUUCUGCCAAAGCCUGAAGAUCGAUCCCUCGACCGAGAAUAUGAGUUCCAUCGGGCGGCCGAUCACCAUUGUCGAAGGCGGCGAACCGAAGUUCGUCUCCAACAGCGGUGUACGCAUCUACUGCGUACCGUGCGAGGCGUUUCCCGGCUUCAUCGCCAACGUCUAUGUACUGCUCGGCGCCGGCCCCCCCACGCUGGUCGAUACCGGCAGCGGCUAUGGCUUCUCCAGCGAGCAGCUCUACGAAGGCUUCGAGAAAAUCCGCGACGAGUUCAACGAGCCCUUCGAGUUGAAGGACGUCAAGCGGAUCAUCCUCACCCACGGGCACAUCGACCACUUCGGUGGGCUGGCCUCGAUGGUCGAACGGGCGGAUGCCGAAGUUUGCAUCCACGAACUCGACCGCCGGGUGCUCACGGCCUACGAAGAACGCGUGAUUGUCGCCACCAAAGCCGUGCGGGUCUUUCUGCAACUGGCCGGCGUGAAGCCCGAGAUGCAACAGUUGCUGCUCGACAUGUACAGCUUCUCGAAGCAGCAUGUCCGCUCGGUGGCGGUCGAUCGCACCUUGGACGACGGUGACGAACUCGACGGUCUCCGCUUCAUCCACACCCCGGGCCAUUGCCCCGGCCAGGUGUGCAUUUUGAUUGGCAACGUGCUGCUCAGCGCCGAUCACAUCCUCUCGAAGACGACGCCACAUCAGGCACCUGAAAGUAUUACGGCCUACACCGGGCUGGGGCAUUACCUCGAGUCACUCGAUCGAAUCAAAAAGGUGGACGGAUUCGAACUGGCCCUCGGCGGUCACGAAGACCCGAUUCACGACGUCUACAAACGAAUCGACGAGAUUCGCGUGAGCCACGAGCAUAAGCUCGACAAGUGGGCGCCCACGUUGAGUAUCUCUAUCAACGCGGGCGGUUGGCGGUGA